AUGAGUAACAAGUUCAUGCCCAAGACGCCCGUGGACCUUGCUCCGCCAAGCGACACGCCGAUCUCAAUGGCCGAAUUGGCCAAAUGUGAUGGAAUCAAGGGCACCGUAUUUGACGUUUCCCACAAUCACAAUGCCUACGGUGUCGGGAAAGGAUAUCACGUGUUUGUGGGGAGAGACGCGUCCAGAGCGUUGGGAAAGAGCUCGCUGAAGCCAGAAGACACGGCUCUGGACGUUAGCUGGGACUACUCUACAUUGACGGAGAAACAACUCAAGGUUCUGGACGACUGGUACACGUUUUUCAGCAACAGAUACAACAUCGUGGGCCGGGUGAGCGACUUGCCGAGCGCAAAGCGCGAAUGA